CCGCAACUCGCUGCGCUUCCUGUACCUGGUAGUAUUACCUUGGAAAGUAGGCUUGUAACACAUGAGGUUUCUCAUCAUAGCAUAACAUUUCGCUGUUGAAAACAGGACAAAUAAAGGGCUUCAGAGGUUAAUAGAAAGAAAGUGAAAAGAGGGCGGGUCACCUGAUGACGGUAGCCGAGCGGAGGAGCUGUUGAGUGUUAGUCGCUGUUUUGAGUGAGCGGCUAAAGUCCACUUGGAUUAUGACAAGCUGGAAACGGAUAAUUCCAUUUCCUCGAGGAAUCAGGACACGAAUUUAGGCUUCUUCUCUCCUUGCUGCUGCACACUGAAGGAACCCCACAGUGAAAGAAAAGAGUAGCAGCCCACGAGUGUUUGUUUGAAGAGGUGAAUGUCUUUGUGCACACGUGUGACCUGCUAAAGGAGAGUUUCUACCCCAAGAGACGCCCAGCAGAGAUGCGGGGAGCUCACUUCUUGGCAGCGAUGCUCCUAUCGCUCACUUCGUUGUGUGCAGUGGCGAAUGGCUUUCCGUUCAGAACGCCUCUGGACCUGGACGUGACUCCACGUGUCACCGUCCUGAGCAGCGGUCUCGAGGGCUACAGGCGUUUCGAGUCUUCUGCAGUCAACUACAGCACGAUGCUGCUGGAGGCUGACAGCGAGCGGCUUUACGUGGGGGCCCGUGGGGCCGUAUUCGCUCUGAAUGCCUCUGACAUCUCAGCCAGCUCCGCUCUCACUAUCGAGUGGGAGGCCUCCACUGAGCAAAAGCUUCAGUGUGUGCUCAAGGGAAAAGACAAUAAGACAGAGUGUUUUAAUCACAUCCGCCUCCUGCAGAGGUUUAACUCUACGCACCUGUACAUGUGUGGGACUCACGCCUAUAUGCCCCUCUGUGCAUAUGUUGAUGAAAAGAGGUUUGUUAUGUCCUCUCAGCCCGAAGAAGGCAAAGAUAAAUGUCCUUAUGGGCCAACAACAGGUUUCACUGCCCUCAUUAUAGACCAGCAGAUAUACACAGCUUCCCGGUACGAUUUCUGGAGCUUUCCGGAUAUUCGCCGAAACGCUCCAUCUCCCGCUCUGAAGACGGAGAAUGCUCCCACACGCUGGCUGAACGAGGCGGACUUUGUGGGUUCAGCUCUUGUCAGGGAGAGUUUGGGCAGCAGCGAUGGAGACGACGAUAAGAUCUACUUCUUCUUCACCGAAAAGAGCCAGGAGCAAUCUACAACCUACAGCCACAGCAGGGUGGCUCGUGUGGCCCGAAUUUGCAAGGGAGACCGAGGAGGCCAUUUGACUCUCCAGAAACGAUGGACGUCCUUCCUGAAGACGAGACUGACUUGCUCUCUGCCCGAGUACGACUUCCACUUUAACAUGCUGCGCAGCGUCUUCGUAAUUCAUGGCCUCGCCCCGCAGGACACUCUGUUUUACGGCAUCUUCGGUUUGGAGUGGAAAAACGUGAAGGCGUCUGCAGUGUGUCGGUUCGCUUUGUCUGAAGUCCAAGAAGCUUUCCAAGGACCCUACAUGGAGAGCCAGGAUUCCGGCUCCACCUGGAAGGAAUAUGUUGGAAAAAUCCCCGAGCCACGACCUGGAACUUGCAUUACUGGCAAGCUGAGGGCCAAGGGCAUGAACGUCUCCACGUCCCUACCCGACGAAGUCCUGGAUUUUGUCAGACGGCAUCCUCUAAUGUCCCAUCAGGUCCAGCCUGCAGACAGACGUCCCCUCUUGUUCAGGAGGACGACAGACUACACACAUAUGGCAGCGACUGUGGUCCAGGGAGUAGACGAGCAAACGUACCACGUUUUAUAUAUGGGCACAGAUGAAGGUUGGUUGCACAAAGCCGUAGACAUCAAAGGUCAGCUGCACAUUAUCGAAGAGUUGCAGCUGUUUGAAGAACCAGAACCUGUCACCAACGUUCUGCUGUCUACAGAGCGGACGAGUGUGUACGUCAGCUCCCCAUCGGGCGUUGUUCAGCUGCCGCUGUCGAACUGCGAGAGAUACGCUUCCUGCUACGACUGCAUAUUUUCCCGGGACCCUCACUGUGCCUGGAGCGGAGCCGAGUGUGUGGACGUAAUGACUCAGUCGAACAGAUCCUCUUUAAUCCAAGACAUCCAGCAUGGCAGAACGGGGUGUGAGAACACAGGAUACGACGUGGUCCAGCGGAGCCGUUCUGUUCGGGUCGGCGAUGACGUGCUGCUGCAGUGCGAGCUCAACUCUAACCUGGCGACUCCAUCCUGGACGCUGAGCGGCGGCGAGGUGCAGGGCUACGACCUCAACUCCGGCUUCAGGACAGGGACGGACGGCCUGCUGAUCAUCGAGGCCCGGCAGGACCAGAGCGGCCUCUACACCUGCCACGCGGUUGAGAACGACAUUAAGGUCGCCAUAGUCACCUACAAUGUAACCAUCAGCCCGGAUCUGCCUCGUCCUCCACCCGGAGAGCGAACAAGGACCUUUAUUGCCACGGUACCAAGUACUGAGCACCCCUCAUCUGACGGGGCGCAGUCACUCCACCUGCUGUCCCCCAAGAAUAUGGAAGCCAUGUAUCUGUCCCUCAUCACCGUCCUCGGUGGGCUUUGCGUGGUCCUCACCGUUGUGCUCGCUUAUGUGGGCUUCUGCCUGCGGGCAGACCAGAGAGGGAAAUACUCUCUGCGUGCCGCAGCCGCAGCGCACCCGAGCAGCAAGAGGAGCAGCAGGUGCAGGAAGCAGCACAGGAACUCCACCCACAUGGAGCUGAAGACCGUCUCUAGCCACUGCAACGGCGUCUGCAACGGGGUUUCCAAGCUGCAUAACGGAGACUCCCAGGACGGAGGCUUUUUGCAGAUCGUUCCCGGUGAGGCUCAGACUCUGGCGAGUAACGAUCCUCCUCCCCCGGCGCCUCCCCUCCCUCCCAUGCCGCAGCACACGUCUCCAGAGUGUGACUUCCCCAACGGGCUGUCAGCCACGCUGCCCAGCGUCCUGAGGCGGAUGAACGGGAACAGCUACGUGUUGCUGAGGCAGAGCGACUCAGAAAAUACUUCGCCGCUCUCCCACUGCUUCUCCGAGGAGCUCAACAGGAUCUUGGAGAAGAGGAAGCACACUCAGCUGCUGCCCAGGCCGGAUGAGAGCUCAGUGUAGAGACGCGCGGCUCUCGUUGAAUUUGGGCUCUUACCCUGUGCCUGUCGCGUUGACCCCCACCCCCUCAUUGCUGUAGCCUAGAGCAAUGAAAGAGUUUCAUUUCCAUAAUUUACUUUGGAUUAUAUUUGACAGCUCUGCCUUUUGAACUAAUGAGCCGUUUUUGUCUUCUGAAUGACCAAACCUUCUCAGCACACUAGAAAUGAAAACGAAACUUCCCAGUGAAGGUCAGUGCACGAAGAAGGAAAUAAAAUGCAAUCUACCUCACCUCUACACUGCCUGAAGAGACAUGUUGUCAAGACCGCAGUCGGCUCUGAGGAUCGGUGCCGGAAUAUUACGGAUCCGUGAAGAACAAAGCAGGACACACACACUGACUAACCAGCAGUGGAGACACAACGGAAUAUAAAUAUAAUCGAAGAGGGAAGUUUGACCACAGGGCAGCUAGCAAAGCUUGUUUUAACAUGAGCUACUGCACAGAUGGGCUAUGCAUUUUUAAAACAUGACACUCACUAAUUAUAAAUAUGGAUGUAAGUGGAAAUGACAGAAUUUCGCUAUCAGGCUUCCGUUACUGGUGGCCCUUAAUGUCUGUCAUCUGCUUCUUGAGGAAGUCUUUUUACGCCAUUGUCAGACCUCACCUUUAACCUCAUGACAUUUGCCCUCCUGCACUGUAGUCUUCACGACUCCAGCUUGUAGCUGAUUGCACGGAUAGCACAACAAGGGGAAUUUUCCCAUCGGCUAAAUGUUGUGUUUGUCUGUUGGGGCCAGAGACCGGCUGGAGAGACGGCUGAAAAACACAGAGGACAGCGGCAUCAUGGGAAACGAGCACAAAGAGAAGCACCAGAUGAAUUCAAACCGUUUUUAAUAUAACAUUCAGUACGAAGCUAUUAGUAAGAAAUAGUUGAAAUAUUCAAGAUUUAUUAUUAAUAUUGAAAAUUAACCAGUUUUUAUUCAGCGUCUGUGUUUUGAUAACGUUGAUGAUGUUAAUGGUUUUUUUUUUAUUUAUUUAUCUAUCUAUCUGUGAAAGAUCAAAUCUAUAUGAUAACCUUAAACUUCCCAGUGUCAUGGUAUUAUAAUAAAAAGAUUUAAAACAAAAAUGUACAACAAGCCAAAUGUAAAUUUAAAACAACGUUGGCAUAAAAAAAAAAAAAGAGCUGCCUGGUUUGUACCAGCUGUUCCUGUCCUCCACAGCGACUCGUGUCAGAAGUGCAAGCGAUCUGCAGGGGGUGUGUAUUGUUGUUUUAGCCGCUCGCGCAGAUCUCCGUUUUUUUGCAACAGUUUGCACGCAUAUGAGUGGCGUUCGCCAAACAGGAAGAGCAGGAAAGUAGUCUGAAUGCUUGUUGGUUUUAACACAUUCAUAGCUGAACAUAACAAAGGUUCACUCAAGGUUCAAUUCUCCGCUACUCCAACUGACACAAACAGAAAUGUUUCCAAGGAAAUGAAGAAUUUUUCUUUCUUUUUAAGAAUGAGAAGAUGUAGAAACGUUCUUUCAGACAGCUGGACAGCAGUGCACAGCAGCAGAUGGGUUGAAAGACACCGAUACAUGACUCUCUGUUACAUAAAGCUGGAAGAAAACACUCAUGCACUUUCUCUAGCAAGGCAUAAGAGAAAGAUUUAGCAGUUCUCUACUUGUUUAAAAACCUUGAAGAACCUUCAUACUGGUAACCAGCCUUGGUCUAAUUUCUUGCAUCCUUCAUGCAUGUAAAGAAAUUACUACAAAAUGUUGUCGUGGUAGUAAAAUUGUCCAUACCGCUGGCAGAUUUAGGUUUAAGUAAUGUUUUUAUUUUACCUACAUGUUUCGUCUGACUGGAUGUAAUAUUAACAUGUUAGGGUGACCCAAAAAGCUACUCAGAAGCUAUAAGAACAUUUGAUAUCGUCAAUAAAAAUGACUGUAGAGAAGGAUGUAAAUAGUCUUGAACAUGCCGUUUUUACUAAAAUAGAAAUAAAACUUUUUUUCAAAACGGAUUCCUUCUUUAUUCUUUAGAGAUCCCUCUCAUUUGCUACGAAAAACACAUUUCUUGGUUGAAUGAAAAUUAUUAUUAAACUAAAUCUGCCAGGGUUAUGAAUGCCAUUGGGCUUAAAUAUAUUUGCUAACACAGUCAGACAUUGCAGUUAUUGUAACAUGUGAAGUCCUUGACAUAUGAUAAAAGGUUUAUUUUAAACCUACACUCAUGUUUUUGCCCGUUUUUCUAAAAUGUUUCGCUAUUAUAAACUCUACUAAAGAAAAACAAUGUAACGUUCUAUUGCAUCGAGGAAAGCUCAGUUGGCAUGGAGUUCAGUUUCGAUGGGAAAACUUGACAGUAUUAUUCUACUAUUCUUGUGCAUUUGGACACUGGCGUGAAACACGAGUAGAGGAAGUUUCUACCUUUUCGUUCCUCCCCAGUGCAUCGACGCAUUUUGUAGCUGGUGUUUGACACAGCGAACCCAAAGGAAGCCCAGCGACCGAAGCGAGCCUGAACGCACCACCGAGGCACGCCUAGCGUGAGAUCGCGGCGCAGAGAGCGACAGACUGCAGAGCACCGAAGCAGCCAAGGUUCAUAGUCCUGUUGUCUCACCGGCUCAUCUCCCACUCAGGGCGCUCUGCCAGACAAGCACUUAGAAAUAUGGGCUGAGGAAUUAAGAGCCGAUGAUCACAGCAAACACCGAGAGUAAAAUGUUUCUUGAACUGCUUUCAUGCUUUCUCGCAUAAAGCCUCAGAGAUUCUCUCGUGUAUUAACAGCCGUUUCAAACGAACACCUUGUCAAUAAGGAGAAAAUUACAGCCCAACGCUCUUAAGUAGUGGAAGAUAAUGAACACUGGCGUUUCAUUUCUAGAAGCAGAUUAAAUCUAGUUUAAGUUGCGACUCAGACGAUGCACCUCGGCUCUGUUGAUCAAUGGAAAGAUUAAUACGUUGUGCGUCGGGACACAGAUAUGGUCGUUAUCCCAUUCAGUCUCCCCGGUUUGGUUUUCCUUCUCACUCAGCUUGUGCUGCGUCUUUCUUCUGUCGGAGCGCAGCAAUAAUUAGGCAUUCGCCUUGUGACGAGUGGAGCUCACCAGAGAGCCGGGGCUCUCUCCCAAGAUAUUUACGCUUUGCUCCACUCUUUAAGUUUCCAAUUACUUUCUCAACCCCUCGAGCUUACAGUCUGGAGUUUUUAUUAUUCUAAAAUGGAAAUGUACAAACAAGUACACAUGAUUCCCCCUCUGCCCCCUCCACUCCACUCCACUCCCCAACAGAUAUGCACGCAGCAGACGAAGAUUUUAUCAGUUCGUGUGUUUUGUGUGCGUGCUUGCGUGUGUGUGUGUGUGUGUGUGUGUGUGUGUGUGUGUGUGUGUGGUGGAUGGAGCUGAAGAAGCCAUGGAUGAAAUUAUUUGCAUUAUCUGCUCUAUAUGUUGCACAACCAUCUUUCUGCCUAAAGGUCAGCACUUAUUGAUAUCUUAUAACAUUUCACAAAGUUGGAACACAAAUCUUUGACCAGUCCUCUUUGCGCAAUCCCUGCUGUUUGCUCUCUUGCACUUUCUCCUCUGCUAAACCCGCAGAUGUUUUUUUUUUCUUUCUUAAAAUUUAGACGAAGAAACCGAGUCAUCGUUUCAAAUGUAAGAUUUUGCUUAGCUUUGGUUGUUCACUUUUCCAAUUUUGUUGCAUUGGAUAGCUGCUUUCUGUUGUUUGUCUUUUGACAAGACUUGGGAUGACGCCACGCUUUUCAAAGCGCAAUUAUUCUGAGCGUCGAUCGGAGUCGCAACAGGAGAGACACUCAAAUAUUGAGAGGCUCUCUGACCUCAUUCCAGAGCACAAGGCACAAAGUGAACACACUGAUGUGGUUUUCUUUUAUUUUGAGAGACCCGACUGACACCGGGAAUAUAUGUAUUUUUUUUUUUUUUUCUGUUUGUGUCAUUUGCAGGUGCGAUGAAUACAGAGAAGUCUGUCUCCCAAUCCGUGUCAGAGGGCAUCAUUGGCCGCAUAGAUGUUCUUUUGCAACGAUCUUCAACACCGUGGAGGGAUGGCGGAGUCAGAAUCAAGGCUCUAUAAAGGGCUACAAACAUAAAACUUUAAGCUUUAGCUUCUGAAAAUGUUUUCCCGCAGCGCAUUGUUUGUCCAGGCUGCGGAUGUCAGUGUGCAGAGCGUGUCCUUGAAUCUGUUAGGCGCAUACUUAUCAAACUAAAUGCAAAGUGUAAUGACCUUUUCUCACCCUUUUCUCACUGCAUGAAUUAUGUUCAAGCAGUGUUGGUUGAAGACGACCAAGGGUAGCUCGUGUUAGGAGUUGAAAAAUGAAACGGUUCAGGUCUAAAUGUUCUCUGUGAGCCUAUUUUAUUAUAAAACCAAGGUGGGAGGGGGUGGGGGGUUUAAAAUAAGAGCACAAUUAUUUUGUAGUUUUGUAUAUUGUAUGUUUUGUUAGUUGUAAAAAUGUAAUGACACACUGUGUUGCGCAAAACGUGAUAAAUGGAAGCAAUUUAACAGAAAGCAUGCAAAAAUACUUCUAAUCUAAUAGCAGAAGAACAAUAAACAGCAUUUUGUGAAUUUGUCCCUUUAUUCUUAAUGUCAUACUAAAGGGUUAUUCCAAUUUCCUUUCCACUCUGUCUUUUUAAUCACUGUUUGCAUGCUACACCAUGUGUGUGCACACAGAAAACCCAUUUUCUGAACUAACACAAAGAAUAAUGCAGCAGUGCUCCCCUUCACAUUUCAUGCACCGCAAAAUUAAAUAAAGAUUUAUACUUAAACCUCCUCCUCUUCUCAUUUUUACACAUGUGCACUUCCAGUCUUUUGUCUUGCAGAAGUAAUAAGAAGAAACGAGCCAUGUUUUUUGUUUUUUUUUUGUUUUUUCCUGUGAAAGCUUUAGCAGAUAGCCCAGCCUGUAAACGUGAUCAAAUGCCCCAAACGAAAGAGCGGAAAGGUGUCUGUGUUGUAGCCGGCCCAAGUUCCCAGCAUGGCACACAGACUGGUGAGGAAACAUUUUUUUUGCUGGGCUCUUCUUGUCCCCCCAAACUGGUUCAGCGCCAGCACAAUGGCGUUGGUAGCAAAACCCACACAGGCAGUAGAAAAAUCCUCUGACGGCAUUAAAAACGGAUCAUUUUACAUCAGCUUUGUGCAGCAGUCAUGAAGGAGCUUCUGUUUUUUUUGCUAUCAAUUAAAAUGCUUUUGAACUUUCCUGUCAGAAAUGUCACCGUCAAUGAGUAAAAAAAAAAAAAAAAAACCCAGACUCUUUCAUCAUUCAUGUAACCUUUCCACACGAUCCUCAGAGGGAGUUUAGCACCCAGUUUUAACAUAACACCUCAGGUGAUUUGUUCACCCGGCAAAAUGACAAAACACCCAGAAAUAGGAAGGACACGUCAUGCACACAAGGCCAUUUCCACCAGUGCCAACUCCCUGCAAGGGCUCCAGCCUGACAUGUGAUUAACAAGCUCUCAUGGCUGGUCACUUAUUUACAUAACGCAGUCUUGGUUUGUGAGAAUCUACAAAGCUUAUUUUUGCUUCGCACUGUACCUUUGGAAAUGUACAAUCUAAAUAAAAACGAUCUGCUCCUAUGAGUUUUGUGGUUUAGGAUGUAACCGUCUUGUUGCACAAGACAAACUAUGGCAGGGAGAGAUUCAGGGCAGCUUCUUCAGUCUGAAAGGAAAAUAGCUGAUAAUAAGUGAAAUGCCAGAAAAUUUUGCUGUUCAAUUCCAUUAACUGUGUUUAUGCUAUGUUGCUUCCUUUGUGUCAUUAUUCCUCUUGCAUGCAUGUGGCGACAGUGGAGAGGAAAACCUCCCCUUUAACAGGAAGAAACCACCAGGAGAGCCAGGCUCAGCCUCAUGACCGGCUGGCUGUUUAAAAGACAAAACCCCUGUCGGCUUUAUGUCUUUGAGAAGACAGAGCAGACACUCCAGAAAGCUAACACUGUGUCAGACCAGAACAUAAUCUGAAAACUGACAUAGAGUAACAAACUUUCAAAAACGAUUAUUUGUGAAUAUAGUUUGUUCCGAAUUGUUGGUAUGUCAACAAAAAUCUGUAAAUAUCUCAAGUUACUGCUGCCUAGAAGCCAUAAAUCAUUUUAUUACACAGGAAACUGACGUGCAGUAAAUUUGAAAUCGCCUGUGAACAUAUUUAACAAUGGAGCAAAUUCACAGAGCUACUUGUGGGUGCUAAAUGGCCAAAAAAAAACAAAAAAAACUCAGUUUGGGUUUCAUAAUUCUGAAACUAGACAAAAAAGACACAAUUGCUCGUGAAGCAGCUUGAUUGAGCAAAUGUUGUCUCUCAGCACUGCCAGAGUUUGUUUAUAAAUUAGAAAUCAUGCAUUCACUUAGUAGGGAGCGCACAACCCAAUCAUAUUUAUUUAAAUUACCAUCCAAGGGAAUAGUUUCACAUUUUUCAAAGACCAGUGUUACUUGUGGGGGAUAAAAGUCUAGUGAAACUACUGGAGGUGGUAAUUUCUUCACUGCGGAAGAGAAAGGCAGACAAAGGAAAGAACUAUAAAUAUGAUAUGCACAAUAAAGCACAGACCAGCAGCAGCUCAUGAUGGAAACCAAAAGGUAUCUAUUCAUCUCUAACAGGGUUUAACAGGAGAGUUUAACAGAAUAUUAUCCACACAACUUUCUGUGUUGUGUUGAUACAUUAACAAGUGGCUGCUGCAUAUUUGUAGAGUGCAGUAAUUUAAUAACCUGACAGUUUUCACUUCUAUCGAUGUUUUUUUUUUUGUGUGUGUCUGCCAAUGUAUUAUUUAAAUGGAUACAUUGUCACUUGCAAUGUGAAUCAUUAAUUCUUGAUUUUGUUUCAACACAAUUCCUCAAGUCAGAUGUGGUUUUUGAACUUUGGAAGAAUGCCUCUUUAUGUCAUAAUGGAGAAUU